AUGCAGGCUGAUGAAGGCACCGACUGGCUACUCGAACUCCUGACCGAAGUCCAGCUUCAGCAGUACUUCCUCCGCAUCCGCGAUGACCUCAACGUCACUCGCCUGUCGCACUUCGAGUAUGUCAAGAAUGAGGACCUGGAGAAAAUCGGAAUGGGCCGACCGGGGCAGAGACGCCUCUGGGAGGCCGUGAAGAGGAGGAAGGCUGUGUGCAAACGGAAAUCCUGGAUGAGCAAGGUGUUCAGCGGCAAGCGCCCCGACUCGGAGAUGCCCCCGCUGCCCCCGGGUCUCCUGCCCAAGCAGCCCAGCCCGGUGGCCCUGGAGGAGGCCCAGCAGCAGGCCUUGACCUGCCUGAUCAGCGAGAAGGACCUGGUGCUGCUGGAGAAGCUGGGCGACGGCUCUUUCGGGGUGGUGCGCCGCGGGGAGUGGUGCGCCCCCUCGGGCAAGGAGCUGAACGUGGCGGUCAAGUGUCUGAAGACGGAUGUCCUGAACCAGCCGGAAGCCCUGGACGACUUCAUCCGGGAGGUCAACGCCAUGCAUUCCCUGGACCACGUCAACCUCAUCCGCCUCUACGGGGUGGUGCUCUCCAAUCCCAUGAAGAUGGUGACGGAACUGGCCCCCCUGGGCUCGCUGCUGGACCGCCUUCGCAAGAACCUGGGGCACUUCCUGAUCGCCACCCUCUGCCAGUACGCCAUCCAGAUCGCCCGCGGGAUGGCCUACCUGGAGUCCAAGCGCUUCAUCCACCGAGAUCUGGCCGCCCGGAACAUCCUGCUGGCUGCGAAUGACCUGGUCAAGAUCGGCGACUUCGGGCUCAUGCGGGCCCUGCCCAAGAACAACGACCAUUACAUCAUGCAGGAGCACCGCAAGGUCCCCUUCGCGUGGUGUGCCCCGGAGAGUCUGAAGACCCGCACGUUUUCCCACGCCAGCGACACCUGGAUGUUUGGCGUCACCCUCUGGGAGAUGUUCACUUACGGACAGGAGCCGUGGGUCGGCCUGAACGGCAGCCAGAUUCUGCACAAGAUCGAUAAGGAAGGGGAACAACUGGGCCGGCCAGAAGAUUGUCCCCAGGAUAUAUACAACGUCAUGUUGCAGUGCUGGGCCCACAAACCGGAAGACCGUCCCACCUUCGUGGCUCUGCGGGAUUUCCUCUUGGAGGCUCAACCCACGGACAUGCGGGCCUUGCAGGAUUUUGAAGAACCCGACAAACUUCUAAUCCAGAUGAACGAUAUAAUCACGGUCAUCGAGGGCAGGGCGGAGAACUACUGGUGGCGCGGGCAGAAUAAGCGGACGCUGAAGGUGGGCCAAUUCCCACGCAACACGGUGACCUCCGUGGCAGGGCUGUCCGCCCACGACAUCAGCCAGCCGCUCAAGAACAGCUUCAUCCACACGGGCCAUGGCGACACCAAUCCGCAGCAGAGCUGGGGCUUCCCCGAUAAGAUUGAUGAGUAA